UCCAACGGGGAAGGAAGAAAAUAGGAAGGUGCAAGAUCGGCAUUAAAAAUUGCCAUGGGUCGAAAGUAUAAGCAUCGCACAAUACCAGAGCAAGAUCGUAAAAUAUGUGGGAGCAUCUGCUUCUGCCAAUUCACAAUAGUUAUUAGUUGCGUGGCAUUGGUGUAUCUAAGCGUCGCGAUCUACAUGCCCUCGCAUAGAGCUUUUCAUGCUGGCAUCGAGUCAGACCCUGUUAUGUGCCAAACGGUCAAUACAACCUUAGUAAACUAUUGUUCAUGGGCGAGCUGUGGCGAAUGGUGCUUGACAAAAACUACAGGCUUUUGUCCACAAAUUCACGCAACAGUACGACGUAAUGGUACUGACAUUCUCCUCGAAAAUUGCACGAGAACUGCAAGUGUUUCGUGUCCCAUGGUCAACGUCGCCGCGGUGAAGCGAUUCAACUGCAACAACGGCAGCGAGUGCGACAUGCUCACAGGUGUGUUCGAGUGCAAGCUCGGGCACUGCUCGAACCUCAGCGAGGUGAUGCUGUGCCACGACAGACCGGAUGGUGCCGUCGUCGAUGCCGAGCGCGACAACAUGAAGCUCAACGGCAACUUCCGCUGCCUCAACUCCCGCUGUACCCGCAUCAAGACGGCCUUCAGCUGCGAUCGAUACUGCCCCAAGAUCAGCACCUCGAACAUCAACGUGUUCCUCAUGCAGGGAGACAACAUCUACGCGGCCUCCUGCUCGAGGGCCCUCGCCCUCAACCGGGCCCUCGGUAACAAACCCGGCGAGCGGUUAUCCGAGCCCAAGGAGAUCUGGCGCAAGGGCGAGGAUGUGAUCAUCGCCAGCUGCUUCGCCGUCGGCAGGGUCGCCGAGGGUCUUAGAGCCGAGGACUGCGUAAACGGCUCGCUGAUGUCCGAGCUCCAGGUUCCCCAGCCCUUCCUUAACUUCACGACAUUUUUGUCGCUGUAUGAGCGCAGUUUGCCACGUCAGGUGGAUCCGGGCGACAGCUUUCUACCCUCCCAGCGCUCGCUCACCAUAUACAACAACUCCAGGCUUUACAUCAACCUCGAGGGUUGCGUCAACACUUUACGCGGCGAGUGCCGGGACUUCCUCGCGAGUCACGGGGCCGACGGUGAUAACCAGACCGCGCAGAGUAGAUAUCCUUGCUAUUACAAUAAGAACGAUUCGUUCUUCGUGGUGGCGCGCUUCGACCUGAACAAGACGCGCACGGAAUUGCUGAUCGCCGUCAUCGUGCCCUCGUGCCUCUUCGUCAUCAGCUUAACGACCCUCGUGGUGAUAACGCGCUCGGUCCAGGUCGGUGACGACGCCAAGAUGCGCUGCCGCUACUGCGUCGACGGCCAGUCGACCGAGGGCGAAGGCGAGGGUCUCGUCGAGAACACGGCUGCUUCGACGCCGUCACAGGGUCGCGCCAUAGAUACCGAGACCCGGAGCAUGGCGCUCUAGCAGUUUAAGCCCAGCAGCAGACUCCGUUACGAGAGGCUGCCGCUCAUCGACAUCGACGACGCCGAGGAUUCGUUCUGAGGAAGACGAGAGCCCCUCGCCUCCUUUUCG